AUGCCACCUGAAAAGAGUGUGCCACCACAAAAAGAACAUAAAGAUGUUGCAAUGGACAAAAUUACUCCGUAUGAAGAUGCUCUUGCAACAAGUGUGCUAAACCUAGUUGAUACUAAAAAACUUGAUCAAAUCGUUAGGAAAGAUUCACUAAAAAGAGAACCUGAUCAUACUGAUACUGACCAAAUGUCGCCCCUAAGUGAACUCCCAAUUGACGAUGGAACCGUACAAAUUGAACAAAUUGGAUUUGAUAAAUCCACAAAAGAUCAACCCUCUACUGAGCAUUCAGCACAGAAAGGAACUAUGGAUGUUGAAACGGACAAAAUGUCUUCAGAAAAUGCUAAAUAUGAUGCAACGGAUAAAGAGGCUCUUGCAACAAGUGUGCUAAUUCCAGUUGAUACCAAAAAACUGGAUCAAAUCGUUAGAAAAGAUUCACUAAAAAGAGAACCUGAUGAUACUGAAACUGACCAAACGUCUCCCGUAAGUGAUCUGCCAAUUGAUGACAAAACUGUACAUAUUAAACAUAUUAAAUCUGAUGAAUCCAAAAAAGAGCAACCCAUUACGGAUGCAACUGACAUAAUGCUAUCUGAAAAAAGUGUGCCACCACAGAAAGAACCUAAAUAUGUUGCAAAGGACAAAAUGAUUUCGGUCAGAGAUGUUCUACCACAGAAAAAAGCUAAAGAUGAUACAGCGCACAAAGAUGAUCAUGAAACAUAUUCACUAGAAAAAAAACCUGAUCAUACUGAGGCUGACCAAAUGUCGCCCCUAAGUGAACUUUCAAUUGACGAUAGAACUGCACAAAUUGAACAAACUGAACUCGAUAAAUCCACAAAGGAGGAACUCUUUACUGAGCAUUCACCACAGGAAGGAACUAUAAAUGUUGAAACGGACAAAAUGUCUCCAGUAAAAGAUGUUCCACCACAAAAGAAACAUGAAGACGUUGCAAUGAACAAACUGACUCCGGAAAAAGAUGUUUCACCACAGGAAAAGGCUAAAUAUGAUGCAACGGAUAAAGAGGGCUCUUGCAACAAGUGUGAUUCACUAAAAAGAGAACCUGAUGAUACUGAAACUGACCAAAAGUCUCCCGUAAGUGAACUUCCAAUUGACGAUAGAACCGUACAAAUUGAACAAAUUGAAUUUGAUAAAUCCAUAAAAGUUCAACCCUCUACUGAGCAUUCACCACAGAAAGGAACUAUAAAUGUUGAAGCGGACAAAAUGUCUCCAGUAAAAGAUGUUCCACCACAAAAGAAACAUGAAGACAUUGCAAUGAACAAAAUGACUCCGAAAAAAGACGAUUCUCCACAGGAUAAAGCUAAAUAUGAUGCAAACAGAUAA